AUGGCCGAGACGGUGACAGGCAAGAAGCGUUAUGCGCUGGUUGGUACUGGCGGUCGGUCGAUUUUCUUCUACUCCGCCAUCGCACAAGACUUCAGCAAAACGUCCACUAUUGUUGCCCUGUGCGAUACCAAUCAGACACGAAUGAACUUUGCAAACUCGAAGCUGAAGUCUCUGGGCCAUGCCGAGGUCCCCACGUUUCUUGCAACAAACUUCGAUCAAAUGAUCAAGGAAACAAAGCCCGAUGAAGUCAUCAUCACAACGAUGGACCGCACGCACAACAUCUACAUCGUCCGCGCACUAGAGCUUGGCUGUAACGUGGUCACAGAAAAGCCGAUGACCAUUGACGCACCUAGAUGCAAAGAAAUCUUCUCUGCAGUUGAGAGAACAGGGAAGAAUGUCCGGGUCACGUUCAAUUACCGGUAUGCGCCGCAUAAUACCAAGAUCUUUGAUCUGAUUCGAUCCGGUGCCAUCGGUAAAGUAACAAGCAUUCACUUUGAAUGGAUGCUGAACACCUCUCACGGAGCGGAUUACUUCCGCCGUUGGCACCGAGACAAGCGAAACAGCGGCGGUUUGCUCGUCCAUAAAUCGACACAUCACUUCGAUUUGGUCAACUUUUGGCUGCAGAGCCGACCACAGACCGUAUAUGCUCAGGGUGACCUAAAAUUCUAUGGACGGGAGAACGCAGAGGGCAGAGGAGUGACGAAGUUUUAUACACGUACACAUGGGAGCGAGGCCGCAAAGGAUGACCCAUUCGCAUUGCAUAUGGACCAGAAUGACCAGCUGAAGGCUAUGUAUCUGGAUGCAGAGCACGAAGAUAGCUAUUACAGAGACCAGAGCGUCUUCGGUGACGGAAUCAGCAUAGAGGAUACAAUGAAUGUUCUCAUUCGUUACAAGAACGGAGUGGUCAUGACCUACUCACUCACCGCAUAUGCACCUUGGGAAGGUUUUCGAGUGAAUUUUAACGGAACCGGGGGUAGGCUUGAAGUUGAAGUGGUGGAGAACAGCUACGUCAACUCUGGGGGCGAUCAAUCUCUUGAAGGCUCGCUUGAACGGAGAACAAUUCUUCUACGACCGUUGUUCGAAAAGCCACGAGAAAUCGAGAUUCCGGAGAGCAAAGGCGCUCACGGAGGCGGCGACAGCGUUCUGUUAAACGACCUGUUUGGAGAGCCUGUCUCAGAUGAGUACAUGCGAGCUGCAAGUCAUGUUGAUGGUGCAGCAUCGAUACUCACAGGCAUUGCUGCAAAUAAAUCAAUCGCUACCGGGCAAGUGGUGAAUGUCGAUGACAUUCUUGUUCUACCAGAGUAG